UGUUUUGUCUCCUACACACUCCACCUCUGCCUCGGCAAGGUCCUCCCCUGUUCCUCGGUGGCCUUUGUGGCCUCCGUCCUCUCUGCCCACUGAAGUGGUUUUCUUGAUCUGGCAUCAGUGAACCACCUUCGCUCAGGAUGGGCUCCAGACCCCCCAGCCUCCGACUGCUGCUUCUCACCACCCUCCUGCUCAUCUGGCCGUGUGCCAGAGGACAGUCUUCAUACAUUAUAGAUACCGUUGGCCUCACGAUCCUUCCCAAGAGCACAGUUCAGACUGGAACAGCAGUGUCGUUGCGCUGCCAGGCCAUCGUCAGCCGCAGCAACAUCUCUCAGCUUCCAUACCAUUUCCAAAUCACACGGGACGACUCUCCUGUCCAAUCCUUUGACACCGUAGAGGACUCAGUGGAAUAUGAACUCAACCCGGCCAGGGCGGGGGACUCUGGGAGCUACGAAUGUCGAGUCACAGUCAAGGACAGGAGUAAGGCCAGCAUCAGACAUAAACUGGAAGUCACAGGCCUGCAGACUCCCACCUUAAAUCUGACUAAUACACAACCCUAUGAGAAUGAGGAGUUCACAGCCACAUGCAGCGCUCCAGAGGAGAAAGGAAACUUCAUAUUCCGGUUUUAUCGGAGAUUUAGGUCUGGGGAGUCCGAGAAGAUAAAGCCCAUACCAACACAGGGUAAUUCUGCAGAAACUACUCUUAGUCUCAAGCUCAGAGGCGAGUGCUUUCUGUCCUGUGACUAUGAGAUGACUCUGGCUUCUGGGACCAGACGCUCCAACGUCAGCAAUGAGAUACGGAUGAACGUUAAAGCUCUCACCAUUACCCCGGUUAUAAAUAUGCUCCCCGGCCACACUGUUUACGAGGGGGACGUAGUGGAGGCGGUCUGUAAGGUGGUGGAUAGUCCACUGAAAAAUAUUCACUUAUUCCUCACAAAGGAACGGACGAUUCUGAAGGAAGUCACCGCCACGGCCCUCAGUCAUAGAUUUACCGCUCAAGAUGGUGAUUCUGGUGAGCUUGUUUGCAAAGCAGCGUGGGAAAAUGUCCAUAAAGAAAGCUAUUUAACAAUCAAAGUCAAAGAAUUAUUUUCAAAGCCAGAUCUGACCUUGGAGCCCGUUAUAGACCUGUUUGAAGGAACCAGAUUCACGCUCAACUGCUCCGUCUCCAUUUAUGUACCAAAUAGGAUCACCAAGAAAGCUUUGAAAUUCUUUAUCUACAAAGAUGACGUUAAACUCACAAGUUCAAAAAUAUACAGCACCUUGGCACACCCUGCCAAAAAUGGCAACUACACCUGUAAAGUCCAGGUGGAUAUUCCCAACCACACUCUCCUUAAGGAGAGCCAAAAACUUGUUGUUGCAGCCAAAAUUCCUGUUUCCAAACCUGUGCUGACGGUGGUGGGACGUACAUUGCUGCUGGGAAAGCCGUUCCAGGUGCUCUGUCAGAGCGACAGAGGCACCCUGCCCAUCACCUACGCGCUACACGGCCCUAACAGGUCACCUGAGUACCGGACAGUGAGCAGACCACAAGAAAAGGCUAUCUUCAACUCCACAGCCAUCUUCAAGAGCUUAGACUUGAGCAAAUUUCUUUGCCAUGCAAAUAAUGCUCAACGCGGACCUCCCAUGAUAGGACAAGGAGAACAAAUGCUGCACACAACCAACAUCAUAGAGUCCGUGUCAAGACCAGUGUUGAUGGUUCAUCCCGGCAAAGAGGACAUCUCUGAGGGGCACAGCAUGUUGCUUGUCUGCUCUGUCGAGAGGGGAAGUCCUCCAUUGAACUUCACCUGGUACCAGAUUGGAAAGACGGUUCUUUCUUCCUUGACUAGCAAUAACCGAAAAGAGUCAUACAGAAUAAACACAGUCGGGAGAGAGCACAGUGGGAGCUACUUCUGCAUGAGCACCAACCCAGCCGGGGAAGUUAAACAGAGCAGCACAGUCACUAUUGCAGUGAAGUGGGCUGGCUGGAAGAAAGGUCUCAUAGCGGUUUUCUGCAUCCUACUCAUAUUGACCUUGAUCCUUGUGAUUGCAUUCAAGACGCGUUUGCUUCAUUGUAAGAGGAAAAGAACUGGCAGGCUUUCAGUGAAGUCAACCGGCACCAAAGUCGAGCGUCUGAGCCUCACGCAGGCAGAGGUCAAUGAGGCUGCUAAUGCUACCCCAGGCAUGAUGGGAAAAAGUGUUUGGAGUGACCGCGUAUCAGGAUCCGAGUCUGAUGACCAGAGCAGUGCAAUCACAGCAGACAAACCAGAACCUCAGUAUACUGAGGUGCAGACCAGAGAGGCAGAUCCUAAUAGAGCUCCCGUUAAAGAAGGAACAGAGACCGUGUACAGCAAAGUGUGCCACUCUCAGCAAGGUGUUCCAGAGCUGCCUGAUGGCCAGGUAUCAGUGGAAUAUGCCCAGCUGAAUCAUGAUGCUGAUCAACCCGGUGACCAACUUCCAACCAACCAUGGAGGCCAUAGUCCAAACAGCGACCAUGUAAUGGAGAUAAAUAACAGUGUUUGCAUUGACACCGGGGACCAGGGGGAAGGGAAUUGUGACUAAGUGGCAGAGUCUUAACUAACUAACAAGAAUAUUUGUUUCCUUAUUUAUCCAGCGUGUUAAUGCAGCUGAAGACUUUUUGCUGAAAGAUCUCAAAAGCUCAUAAACUAAACAGUUACAUGAUUUGUAUUUUGUUUCUGUCAUGCUGCUUUUUUUUUCAUCUGCCUUAUUUUUUGAAGAAUUAAACUGUGUUU